AUGAUGAAAGCUCUCUUCCUCACGGCAUUGGCUGCUGGCUCAGCUGCCGCGGCGAACCUCAAGUACCAUGGAAUCGACUGGUCAUCCACCAUCGUGGAAGAGCGUGACAAGGGCGUCACCUACAAGAACGCCCAAGGCGUCGCGAAACCCCUGGAGGAGAUCCUCGUCGACGCCGGCGUGAACAUGGUCCGCCAGCGAGUCUGGACCGUCGAAGGCGACUACGGCAUCUCGUACAACCUCGAGCUCGCCAAGAGGGCCAACGCAUCGGGGCUCAUGUUCGGCCUCAACCUGCACUACAGCGACGGCUUUACGAACCCGGGUCUCCAGGACAUCCCGACCGGCUGGCCCACGGCCAUUGACGCCCUCGAGGCCCAGGUCACCAACUACACCGCCGAGGUGUGCGCGGCGUUCGCCGCCGCCGGGCUCUACCCCGAGAUGAUCACCAUCGGCAACGAGAUUGACGGAGGUAUCCUCUGGCCCACGGGAAAGUACGAUCAGCCCGAGAACCUUGCUCGCCUGCUGCACGCUGGCUCGGCCGCCAUUCGCGCCUCUGCCCUGGGUUCGACUACGAAGAUUGUCACGCACCUUGCCCACGGCUACGACGCCGACCUGCAGGACUGGUACUACGACAUGCUCGUCAAGACUGGCAAGUUCACCACUGCCGACUGGGACGUCAUCGCGGUGUCCUUCUACCCCUUCUGGAGCUCGAAGGCGACAUUCUCUGCCCUCGAGACAGCUCUCAGUGGCCUCGCGACGCAGUACAGCAAGGAGGUUCAGGUCGUCGAGACGAACUGGCCGACCAAGUGCACGUCGCCCGAUUACACGUUCCCCUCGGACCAGCUUAGCAUCCCGCUGAGCACGGCAGGCCAGACUGAGUACAUCACCAUGGUUGCAGAUACCCUCAAGAAGAUUCCCUCUGCAACCGGUCUAAAUUACUGGGAGGCUGCGUGGAUUUCCAACGCCGUCCUGGGUUCCUCUUGCGAGAGCAACGUCAUGUUUGAUGGUACUGGAAAGGCUUACGAUAGUCUUGCUGUUUUUGGCACCAUUUGA